GGCCAGGAAAAUCCCAGCCCUUGCACAGUCGGCCUCAUAUACCUCUUCUUCACCCACCCUGACACACUCGGCUUCCCUGACCCACCUUGGACAGUCCCCAUCACAUACUCCCUGGCACAGUUCUGUCCCCCUCAGCUCCCGCCGCCACCCCCCAGCCAUACUGCCAGCCUUUCCCAGAGCUGUAGCUUUGCCCCGUCACUCACCCCAAAGCCAGCAUGUCCCUAGGGCCGCUGAAAUUCCAGGCAGUAGGUGAAGAAACUGAAGAGGACGAGGAGGAAGAGAGCCUGGACUCUGUCAAGGCUCUGACGGCCAAGCUGCGGCUGCAGACGCGGCGGCCCUCAUACCUGGAGUGGACGGCCCGGGUCCAGAGCCAGGCGUGGCGCAGGGCCCAAACCAGACCUGGGAUGGGGGGUCCCGGUGCCCUCUGCGGCUUCGACUCAAUGGAUUCUGCCCUUGAGUGGCUCCGACGGGAGCUGGAAGGGAAGACUGACGCGAGCAGCUGUGGACCGGUACAGCGGUCUUACGCCCCCUCUCGGCCACAGCAGGAGAUGCGGGCUCAGGACCAGCAGCUGGCCGGGCAGCUGCUUCAGCUGCGGGCCCAGCUGCACCGGCUGAAGGUGGACCAAGCCUGUCACCUGCACCGAGAGCUGCUGGACGAGGCGGAGCUGGAGCUGGAGCUGGAGCCGGGGGCCGGCCUAGCCUUGGCGCCCCCGCUGCGGCACCUCGGCCUCACGCGCAUGAACAUCAGUGCCCGGCGCUUCACCCUCUGCUGAGGGGCACCUGCGGGCCUCCUGAGACCUCAAAGGCCCUAGCACCUGGCAAGGGGUGAUGGGAGGGUUGGGGGGCUGUCACUCCGUUGGGAGCAUAAAGCCCCAGCAUCCUGUCACCCCUGCUGCCCUAGGGGAGGGGCGGUUGGAGGAAGGGGAGAAGCUCACGCACCCCCAGGCUCUUCAAUAAAGGCCCUCUGUGCUUCCCA